AUGGCCAACUACCGCUACCCAAAUCUGACAAUAAUCAACGAAUCAGACCUCCACGACGCCAACCCAAAUUUCUUCAGCAAUACAAUCCAGCAGCAAUUCCAGGUGGACAUCGACGUACAAGAUAUAUCAAAGUAUGGUGUUGACUACUUCAUACGAGCACACUCAUCGGAUGCAAGUGCCCGCAUGCUUGCCAGAGGCUUCGCUAAUGUUUCCACCUACACACUGACACUCAUGCCAUGGACCCCAGACUACGGUUCCACAACGGUGCCUCUGCACACUCAGGAUCAUCAGAUCUUGCUACCGCGCACCGAGAGGAAGUCCGCGAGCAAUACUACGCCUACACAGGUUAGUGCCCUAUGA